AUGGCUGCCAUCUACACCCGCGCCGUGCGGCGUCUCUUGCCACAGUACCAGAAGCACAUCUCGGAUGCCGGUAUUAUGGAAGAGGUGGAUGGGGCGACGCUCACGUUUGAGGUUCCUAGCAAGACCGUCGCUGCGGCCAUGUUCAAGCGUCUGCAGAACACCAAAAUGUAUGGCAGACGGUGGAAGGUGCAGUACUACCCGCUAUCCGCCGUGGAGUGUGCAAAGCAGGCGUGUCUGGUGGACGCCCGUCUCGUGCCCGCGGCUCCUCGAGCCCUCGCCCUCCGCGCGCUUGGGGGCAUACAAGGAUUUCUUGCACUCAUAGAUGCGAAUGACAACAUCAAUGAUGCUGACACUCCUGUUGCCUCAUCCACGACGGACCCGGUUGCCGGUGGUGGUAGUGGUGGUGGUGCCAGUGAUCAGUGGAGUGAGAAACGGCACAGUAAGGAGAAGAAUAGCAAGGGACACACGAACAAACAUGUCGGUGAUGAUGACGACAAGGAUUAUGACAUUGACAGGAGUGUGGCCCCGUUUGCAGCGACAGCGCUCAUGGAGAAAAGUGACAUGGUGGAGUUCAUCAUGGCAUCAUUUGUGGAUGAGGGCAGUGCACUGCAUGCACGGGCGGUGUUGUCAGGGCGACUCAUCGGCACCUCUGGGGUGCGGCUGUUCCUUGAGCGUCACCGCUAG